AUGCGGGGGGAGGUGUCCCCAUGGGGCUCUUCUCAUCACCUCUUCGUGCUGCUCUUCCACUGUGAAUCGACUCUCUCUGUUUUUGGCUUCCCCCCUCCGGACCAGCUUUCCGGACCUCUGAUGGCCAAACCUGACCUGAUAUCCCAGCUGGAAGAAGAGGAAGGGCUGUUUCUCGUGGGGUGUGAUGAAGAGGCAGAAUUGGCAGCUGGAGACAUGUGGCAGUCAGUGAAUGGAGCAGAAGAACACCAAUUGAUGGGGAAAGAGAAUGUACAACCACAUGCAAAAAAUAAGUUUGAAGAUUUGGAUGCACCCAGGAAGGAGGAGGGAAAACACCCACCAAAAGAGAAAAAUAAUUCCAGUCCUACACAGAGGGAUGACUCCGUACAGCAAAACGUAUGUCAAGGAGACACCAGGAAAGAGUGCACUGCAAGCAGGGGAAAUUACACUGAAGUAUCUGUUAUUAAUACUCAACCAAAGGUGUUUAACAAAAAGAAAAUAUAUAAAUGCCAGGAGUGCGGGAAAAGCUUCACUUACAGUUCCCGUCUUACUUCCCAUCGAAGAAUUCACACAGGGGAGAAACCAUAUCAAUGCCUGGAGUGUGGGAAAAGCUUCAGAAAGAGUUCCCAUCUUAGUUCUCAUCGAAAAACUCACACAGGGGAGAAACCAUACAAAUGCCUGGAGUGUGGGAAAAGCUUCACUCAGAUUUCGCAUCUUAGUUCUCAUCGAAAAACUCACACAGGUGAGAAACCAUACAAAUGCCUGGAGUGUGAGAAAAGCUUCAGGUUCGGUGCUGAACUUACUUCCCAUCAAAGAAUUCACACAGGGGAGAAACCAUAUAAAUGCCUGGAGUGUGGGAAAAGCUUCAGGUUGUGUGCUAAACUUACUUCCCAUCGAAGAAUUCACACAGGGGAGAAACCAUACAAAUGCCUGGAGUGUGGGGAAAGAUUCAGGAUGUGUGCUAGACUUACUUCCCAUCGAAGAAUUCACACAGGGGAAAAACCAUAUAAAUGCCUGGAAUGCGGGAAAAGCUUCACUCAGAGUUCCAGCCUUACUUCCCAUCAAAGAAUUCACACAGGGGAGAAACCAUAUAAAUGCCUGGAGUGUGGGAAAAGCUUCAGUCACAGUUCCACUCUUACCUCCCAUUCAAAAACUCACACAGAGGAGAAACCAUACACAUGCCUGGAGUGUGGGAAAAGCUUCAGGAAGAGUUCCACUCUUACCUCCCAUACAAAAACUCACACAGGGGAGAAACCAUACACAUGCCUGGAGUGUGGGAAAAGCUUCAGGAAGAGUUCCCAUCUUAGUUCCCAUCAAAGAAUUCACACAGGGGAGAAACGCUAUAAAUGCCUAAAGUGUGGGAAAAGCUUCAGUCAGAGUUGCAUUCUUGCUGCUAGCCCAAUACAGCUGAGGACAGCCCCUCUGGUUCGAAGAUGCCCCCAAGGGGGGCUGAUCCUGGGGGAGGUGUCCCCAUGGGGCUCUUCUCAUCACCUCUUCGUGCUGCUCUUCCACUGUGAAUCGACUCUCUCUGUUUUUGGCUUCCCCCCUCCGGACCAGCUUUCCGGACCUCUGAUGGCCAAACCUGACCUGAUAUCCCAGCUGGAAGAAGAGGAAGGGCUGUUUCUCGUGGGGUGUGAUGAAGAGGCAGAACUGGCAGCAGGAGACAUGUGGCAGUCAGUGAAUGGAGCAGAAGAACACCAAUUGAUGGGGAAAGAGAAUAUACAACCACAUGCAAAAAAUAAGUUUGAAGAUUUGGAUGCACCCAGGAAGGAGGAGGGAAAACACCCACCAAAAGAGAAAAAUAAUUCCAGUCCUACACAGAGGGAUGACUCUGUACAGCAAAACGUAUGUCAAGGAGACACCAGGAAAGAGUGCACUGCAAGCAGGGGAAAUUACACUGAAGUAUCUGUUAUUAAUACUCAACCAAAGGUGUUUAACAAAAAGAAAAUAUAUAAAUGCCAGGAGUGCGGGAAAAGCUUCAGUCACAGUGGAAACCUCACUUCCCAUCGAAGAAUUCACACAGAGAACAAACCAUACAAAUGCCUGGAGUGCGGGAAAAGCUUCACUUACAGUUCCAGUCUUACAUCCCAUCGAAGAAUUCACGCAGGGGAGAAACCAUAUAAAUGCCUGGAGUGUGGGAAAAGCUUCACUCAGAUUUCCCAUCUUAGUUCUCAUCGAAAAACUCACACAGGGGAGAAACCAUACAAAUGCCUGGAGUGUGAUAAAAGUUUCAGGAAGAGUUCCCAUCUCAGUACCCAUCAAAAAACUCACACAGGGGAGAAGUCAUACAAAUGCCUGGAGUGUGGGAAAAGCUUCAGGUUCGGUGCUGAACUUACUUCCCAUCGAAGAAUUCACACAGGGGAGAAACCAUAUAAAUGCCUGGAAUGCGGGAAAAGCUUCACUCUGAGUUCCAGUCUUACUUCCCAUCAAAGAAUUCACACAGGGGAGAAACCAUAUAAAUGCCUGGAGUGUGGGAAAAGCUUCAGAAAGAGUUCCCAUCUUACUUCCCAUAAAAAAACUCACACAGCGGAGAAACCAUACACAUGCCUGGAGUGCGGGAAAAGCUUCACUUACAGUUUCAAUCUUACUUCCCAUAGAAGAAUUCACACAGCGGAGAAACCAUACACAUGCCUGGAGUGCGGGAAAAGCUUUACUUACAGUUCCAGUCUUACUUCCCAUCAAAGAAUUCACACAGGGGAGAAGCCUUAUAAAUGCCUAAAGUGUGGGAAAAGCUUCAGUCAGAGUUCCCAUCUUAGUUCUCAUCAAAAAACUCACACAGGGGAGAAAACAUAUAAAUGCCUGGAGUGUGGGAAAAGAUUCAGUCAGAGUUCCAGUCUUACUUCCCAUAAAAAAACUCACACAGCGGAGAAACCAUACACAUGCCUGGAGUGCGGGAAAAGCUUUACCUACAGUUUCAAUCUUACUUCCCAUAGAAGAAUUCACACAGCGGAGAAACCAUACACAUGCCUGGAGUGCGGGAAAAGCUUUACUUACAGUUCCAGUCUUACUUCCCAUCAAAGAAUUCACACAGGGGAGAAGCCUUAUAAAUGCCUAAAGUGUGGGAAAGGCUUCAGUCAGAGUUCCCCUCUUAGUUCUCAUCAAAAAACUCACACAGGGGAGAAGCCAUACAAAUGCCUGGAGUGUGGGAAAAGCUUCACUCAGAUUUCCCAUCUUAGUUCUCAUCGAAAAACUCACACAGGUGAGAAACCAUACAAAUGCCUGGAGUGUGAGAAAAGCUUCAGGAAGAGUUCCCAUCUCAGUACCCAUCAAAAAACUCACACAGGGGAGAAGUCAUACAAAUGCCUGGAGUGUGGGAAAAGCUUCAGUCAGAGUUCCCAUCUUAGUUCUCAUCAAAAAACUCACACAGGGGAGAAACCAUAUAAAUGCCUGGAGUGUGGGAAAAGAUUCAGUCGGAGUUCCAGUCUUACUUCCCAUAAAAAAACUCACACAGCGGAGAAACCAUACACAUGCCUGGAGUGCGGGAAAAGCUUUUCUUACAGUUCUAAUCUUACUUCCCAUAGAAGAAUUCACACAGCGGAGAAACCAUUCACAUGCCUGCAAUGCGGGAAAAGCUUCACUCAGAGUUCCAGUCUUACUUCCCAUCAAAGAAUUCACACAGGGGAGAAGCCUUAUAAAUGCCUGGAGUGUGGGAAAGGCUUCAGUCAGAGUUCCCAUCUUAGUUCUCAUCAAAAAACUCACACAGGGGAGAAGCCAUACAAAUGCCUGGAGUGCGGGAAAAGCUUUACUUACAGUUUCAAUCUUACUUCCCAUCAAAGAAUUCACACAGGGGAGAAACCAUAUAAAUGCCUGGAAUGCGGGAAAAGCUUCACUCAGAGUUCCAUUCUUUCUUCCCAUCAAAGAAUUCACACAGGGGCGAAACCAUAUAAAUGCCUGGAGUGUGGGAAAAGCUUCAGUCAGAGUUCCCAUCUUACCUCCCAUACAAAAACUCACACAGGGGAGAAACCAUACACAAGCGUGGAGUGUGGGAAAAGCUUCAGGUUGCGUGCCAGUCUUAUUUCCCAUAGAAGAAUUCAUGCAGGGGAGAAACCAUACACAUGCCUGAAGUGUGGGGAAAGCUUCAGCCAAAGUGUGCACUUUGCUUCCAAUCAAAUAAUUCCCACAGGGGAGAAACCAUAUAAAUGCCUGGAGUGUGGGAAAAGCUUCAGGAAGAGUUUCAGUCUUACUUCCCAUCAAAGAAUUCACACAGAGGAGAAACCGUAUAAAUGCCAGGAGUGUGCAAAAAGCUUCCGUCUGAGUUCUGCUCUGACUUCCCAUCAAAGAAUCCACACAGGGGAGAAGCCAUAUAAAUGCCUGGAGUGUGGGAAAAGCUUCAGGAAGUUUUCCAGUCUUGCUACCCAUUGCAAAAUCCACACAGGAGAGAAACUGUACAAAUGCCUGGAAUGUGGGAAAAGCUUCAGCCAGAGUUCCAGUCUCACUUCCUAUUGAAGAAUUCACACAGGGAAGAAACCAUAUAAAUGCCUGGAGUGUGGGAAAAGCUUUGCUGACAGUUCCAGUCUUACUUCCCAUGGAAGAACUCACACAGGGGAGAAACCAUAUAAAUGCCUGAAGUGUGAGAAAAGCUUUAAGAAGAGUUCUAGUCCCAGUCAUCUAAAAAUUCACACAGGAGAGAAACCAUAUAAAUGCCUGAAAUGUGGAAAAAGCUUCAGUGUGAGUUCCAGUCUAACUACCCAUAAAAGAACUUACACAGUGGAGAAACCAUAUCAAUGCUUGGAGUGUGGGAAAAGCUUCAGUGUGAAUUCCAGUCUUACUUCCCAUCGAAGAACUCACACAGGGGAGAAACCAUACAAAUGUUUGGAGUGUGGGAAAAGCUUCAGCCAGAAUGGACACCUUACUUCCCAUAAAAGAAUUCACAGACAGGAGAAACCAUAUAAAUGCCAAGAGUGUGGAGAAAGCUUCUGUCAGAGUUCCAGUCUUAUUUCCCAUGUCAAAGAACUCACACAAAGAAGAAACCAUAUAAUUGCCUGGAGCAUGGAAAAGGCUUUCGCUGUCUGCCAGAACAACAGGUUUGCUGAGGUGGCGGGCGGUAGUUGCACACCGGAACGGAAGUUUGCUGUACCGGAGGAGAACACUGCUGUACGGGAGGACAAUACUUUUGCUGAGGCGGACGGCAGGGCGGAGGACAAUACUUCUGUUGUGGCGGACAGCGGGGCGGAGGACAAUACUUCUGUUGUGGCGGACAGCAGGGCGGAGGACAAUACUUCUGUUGCGGCGGACAGCGGGGCGGAGGACAAUACUUCUGUUGUGGCGGACAGCGGGGCGGAGGACAAUACUUCUGUUGUGGCGGACAGCGGGGCGGAGGACAAUACUUCUGUUGUGGUGGUGGAUAGCAGACAGGAGGGCGAUACUUCUGUUGUGGCGGGCAGCAGGGAGGAGAGUAAACCUUUUGCUGUGGUCGGCAGCACUUGGGCGGGGGGCACGGAGGAGGGAAAUACUUCCGUUGUGGUGGCUUGCACUUUACCGGGGGGCAGCACUGUUCCACUGGGGGACAGUACUUUUGCAUAG